CCACCUCCCUGAUCGACAGAGAUCACCAAAGCAAGACUGAACAAAGCAACAUACCCAUCAAUCGAUCGCCCUUCCGCUUCCAGCAAGAAACACCAACCAAAUCCUCGACCAGCGGCGCUAAUCACCACCGACUCGACCGAUAAUGUCGCUGAUUCCCCGCGGCACCGGGUUCGAUCCCUUCUCCCUCGGCUUCUCGGACCCCUUCGACGGCUUCCCCUUCGGCAGCCUCGUCCCGCGCGCCUCCUCGUCCUCUGAGACGGCGGCCUUCGCGGGCGCGCGCAUCGACUGGAAGGAGACCCCCGAGGCGCAUGUGUUCAAGGCGGACGUGCCGGGGCUGAAGAAGGAGGAGGUCAAGGUGGAGGUGCAGGACGGCAACGUUCUCCAGAUCAGCGGCGAGCGCAGCAAGGAGCAGGAGGAGAAGACGGACACCUGGCACCGGGUCGAGCGCAGCAGCGGCAAGUUCAUGCGCAGGUUCAGGCUCCCCGAUAACGCCAAGGUGGAGCAGGUCAAGGCCGCCAUGGAGAACGGCGUGCUCACCGUCACGGUGCCCAAGGAGGAGGCCAAGAAGCCCGACGUCAAGUCCAUCCAAAUCUCCGGCUAGACGUUCGUGUGCGCGCGCCCCGCAUCAUGGAGAUGGCAUCAGUAGAGAGUAGGACAGAGUCUUCUUAGCAAAGUCGUCUGCUUAAUAAAUUUCGAGUCUGCAGUGUGAGUGUCUGUUAUCGACGGUAUGUCCUCAUUGUCCAGUGUAUGAUGGUCUAUCGUUCUGGGGUAGUGGCUCUUCUUGCUGUUGUGCCGGUGUUCUGUACUCGUAGCAGAAGCCCCAUGCUCUGUUAUCAACGUGCUUAGUGAAACUCAUGCUGUUUUUAUAGAACAA